AUGUUGAAUAGACUCUAUGGACAUCUUGCUCCUAUAAAUGAUUCCAAUUUGUGUAUGGUUUUUUUUCGACGGCGAUGUAAAAAAUUUAUUUCAACAACUAAUGAUCCAUCUCGUUGUUUUUGUGGUCGACUAGAAUCCGAACAUGAUAAUAAUGCUGAAUAUCAUCCAUUAUCUCCUGUAAAGCCACCCAAUCGUGCGCUUAAAUCUAUAUCAACCAAACUUCUUUUUACUAAUCCGUCCCUUGAUCAAUCUGAACAUGAUUUUGAACGAUGGAAUGUUGCUAAACAUACAACACUUUAUCCAACAAACGCAUAUGGAAUUAUUGAGUUUGAAAAUAUGCUUCAUCCAGCCAAAGCACAUUAUUUACGCUUAGCUUAUGAUACAAAUCCAUCCCAAAUUGUUCAUCUUUUUACAAAACAAUGGCGAUUACAAUUACCAAAUCUUAUUGUUAGUAUUCAUGGUGGUAUACAAAAUUUUGAAUUAGAACCCCGUCUUCGUCAAGUAUUAAAACGUGGUCUUUUAAAAGCAGCAAAAACUGCUGGUGCAUGGAUAUUUACAUCAGGUAUGAAUACAGGUGUUGUUAAACAUGUUGGUGAUGCACUUUUUAUGAGAUCAAGAAUUCGCUCAAAUAUUGUUGUCGUUGGUAUUGCACCAUGGGGUGUUAUUCAAGGACGCGAACAAUUAAAAGGACAAAAUCAAACAAUUUCUUAUCAUUCAGCAGCAGUUGUUACAGAAGACAAUUGUGCAACAUUAAAUAGUUCACAUAGUUGUUUUUUACUUGUUGAUAAUGGAACAGUAGGAAAAUAUGGUGGAGAAGUUAUACUUCGAAAACGUUUUGAAAAAUAUCUUUCACAACAAAAAAUAUCAUUUCAUGGUCAUGUUGGAAAACAAAAUGUGCCUGUUGUAUGUGUUAUUGUUGAAGGUGGAACAAAUACAAUUCGUACCGUACUUGAAUAUGUUACUGAAGAACCACCAGUUUCUGUUGUAGUUAUUGAUGGAAGUGGUCGCGCUGCUGAUCUUAUUGCAUUUACAUAUAAACAUACACAAAAUGACGGAACAAUGGCAGCUGAUUUACAAGAACAAUUAUUAAAUGCUAUUGAAAAAACAUUUAAUUAUAAUCGCCGACAAGCUGAAAAAGUUUAUGUUGAAUUAAUUGUAUGUAUGAGAAAAAGACAAUAUAUAACAAUCUAUAGAAUGGAUGAUGAUGGAUCAAGAGAACAAGAAGAUGUUGAUCAAGCUAUUCUACGAACUCUUCUUCGAAAUCAUAAAACAAGUGCACUUGAACAAUUUCGUUUAACACUUUCAUGGAAUCGACCUGAUAUAGCUCAAACAUGUUUACUUACAAAACGUUUAGAAUUAACUCAAGCUCAAUUAGAUGUAUGCAUGUUUGAAGCACUAGUCGAUAAUCGUGUUGAAUAUAUUAAAUUACUUAUUGAAAAUGGUGUAUCAAUUAAAAAUUUUCUUACAUUUAAUCGUUUACAAGCAUUAUAUAAUGCAUGUGGAUCAAAUACAACACUACAUUUUAUUGCUAAAGAUGUUAUACGUAGUGCAAAUCAUCAUGUACAAACAAGAGUUUAUUCAUUAUAUGAAGUAGGCCUUAUUAUGGAAAAACUUAUUGGACAUGGUUAUCGUUCAUCAUAUACACGUCGUAAUAUACGUCAUUUAUGUGCACGACAACCAUUUAGUGAACGACAAAAUUUUAAUGUUUAUAUUGAUGCUGAACUAAAAGAACAACAUGCACAAAUUAAUAAUAAUGUAUUGAAUGAUGAUAUGAAAAAGAAUUCAGUGUGUGAAGAUCCAAAAUUUGAUUUUCCUUAUAAUGAAUUGCUUAUAUUUGCUGUUUUAACAAAACGACAUGAAAUGGCAUUAUUUUUUUGGGCGCACGGUGAAGAAGCAUUAGCUAAAGCGCUUAUUGCAUGUCGAUUAAACAAAAGUUUAGCAAGAGAAGCACAAGAUGAUGAACUUGAUACUGAAAUUGCUGAUGAAUUUUUGUCAAAUGCUGAAGAUUUUCAACAAAGAGCACUUGCACUUCUUGAUCAGUGUUAUCAAGAAGAUGAUGUAAAUGCUACUCAAAUUCUUACAUUUGAACUUGAAAAUUGGUCUAAUUGCACAUGUCUUGAUCUAUCUGUAACAGCUUAUCUUCGAGAUUUUGUUGCACAUAAAUGUUGUCAACAAUUAUUAUCUGACUUAUGGAUUGGUGGAAUGAAUGUUCGAAAAUAUCUUAAAUGGAUGGUAUUGCUUGCAUUAUUUUUCCCACCAGCACUUUUCUUUAUCGAUUUUAAAUCAUCAAAAGAAUUACAAUUGAUGCCUCAAACAGAAGAAGAAUAUUUUCAAAAUGAAGAAGAUCUUAUUGAUAGUGAUAAUAAUGAUUAUGAUUCAACUGAUAAUAGUUCCGAAGAUUCAAAAUCAUCAUCAUCUGAUGAAUCACAUGAACCAGUACUAUCUGUUACAGAUCGUGAUGAAGAGCAAACUAAUGAUGAAAUGCAAAAUGAAACAAAUACAUUACGAAAACGUAGAAAGAAAAGUCGAAAGAAAAAACGAAAGAAACAAAAUAGUAGUACAAUACAUCCAGAGGAUCAACCAUCACCACCAACAGCAAAUAAUCAUAAUAAUCGAUCGGAUGAUAUCAAUUUAUUUACAUUGAAUAAAUCAACAUCUAAUCACAAUCCACCAUCAACAACUAUACCAAUAACAACAAUAUCAAUAAAUGAACACGAUGAAAUAAGUAAUUCAAAUGAUGUUCCAAAUCAACGACGAACAUUUCGAAAUCGUUUAGCAAAUUUUCAAGAAACAAUUCGUCAUUCGACUAUAUAUCAUUUUAUUUGUAUAUUAUUACGUCAAACAAGAAAAUUUCUUCGUCGUCAUCGAUGUUGGAAAAAACCUGAUCGCGACAUUAAUUCAAAUGAUAGUACAGAUCAAAUAUCAUUAAUGAAGAAAGUUUAUGAAUUUUAUAAUGCACCAGUGACAAAAUUUUUUCAAGAUCUAAUUUCCUUCGUUCUAUUUUUGGCUAUUUUUACUUAUGUUGUACUAAUUCGUACACCACCUAAACCUUCCGUAUGGGAAUGGAUAUUAAUGUCAUAUUUAACAACAGUUGCUAUGGAUUUAAUAAGAGAAUUAUUAACAAUGAGUGAAACGAGAUGGAAAACUUGGUUAUCAGUUUAUUUCAAUGAUGUUUUGCAUUUAUAUGAUUCAUUUUCGUGUUUGAUGUUUGCUGUAGCUUUUGGUUUGAGAUUAACAAAUGCCUUUCGAAUUGUUGGCAGGCAAGCGAUUAAAUAUCCUGAUAUGGACUGGAGUUGGCAUUCUGUUAAAGAAAUAUUUCUUGAACCUUAUUUUAUGAUUUAUGGUGAAGUAUAUGCUGACAAAAUCGAUCCAGUAUGUAAUGUAACCGAAGAUCCAACCGAUGCAUCAUGUCAAUUCGGGCAUUUUAUAACUCCUAUUACUAUGACAGCAUUUCUUCUUGUUUGUAA